AUGCCUUUUGGUUUGAAAAACGCUGGGGCCACGUACCAAAGGCUGAAGAAUAAGAUAUUCAGUGAACUCAUAGGCAAAACAGUAGAAGUCUACGUGGAUGACAUACUCGCGAAUACCGCGCGACCCGACGACCUCCUGAGCGACCUUGAUGGUGUUUUUUCGUCACUAAGGCAGCACGGCAUGAGGCUUAAUCCGCUUAAGUGCGCGUUUACCAUGGAGGCCGAAAAGUUCCUGGGAUUCAUGAUCACUCAAAGAGGAGUAGAAGCCAACCCCGAGAAGUGCCAAGCAGUUAUCCAGAUGAAGAGCCCGGGUUGUAUCAAGGACGUCCAACGACUUGCCGGGAGGCUAACGGCUUUAUCCCGAUUCCUCGGAGCGUCGGCAGCAAGAGUCCUACCUUUCUUCAAUCUAAUGAGAAAGGGAAUGACGUUCGAAUGGACCCCAGCGUGCGAAGAGGCAUUCAACCACUUCAAGAAAAUCUUAGCGGCACCACCAGUUCUCGGGAAACCCCGGGCCGGAGAACCACUCUAUCUCUACCUAUCAGUAACCGAGGAAGCGCUUGCCGCAGUGCUCGUUAGAGAAGAGGGGAAGACCCAACAACCCGUUUACUUCGUGAGCAGGGUCCUUCAAGGACCAGAGCUGAGGUACAGCAAGCUGGAAAAACUGGCGCUAGGGCUCCUAAUCUCCUCCCGAAGGUUAAGACAAUACUUCCAGAGCCAUCGUAUAGUCGUGAGGACGGAUCAGGCGAUUCGCCAAGUACUGCAAAAACCUGACUUGGCUGGUAGGAUGAUGACUUGGGCCAUCGAGCUCUCCCAAUAUGACCUACAGUAUGAACCCCGACACGCAAUCAAAGCCCUGGCAAUGGCAGACUUUCUGGUUGAGGUGACGGGAGACCCCCUAGAGGAAACGGGCACACGAUGGAGGCUCCACGUCGACGGGGCCUCCAACCAAACGUCUGGGGGAGCAGGGGUAAUCUUAGAAAGCCCAGCAGGGGUCAUCUAUGAGCAAUCGACUAAGUUCGAGUUCCCAGUGUCGAACAACCAAGCAGAAUAUGAGGCCCUCUUGGGUGGACUAAUACUAGCUCGGGAAGUUGGGGCGACAAAGGUCGAAGUAUGCAGCGACUCACAAGUUGUCACCUCGCAGGUAAACGGAAGCUACCAGGCUCGGGACCCCCGCCUACAAAAAUACUUGGAAAAGGUUAAAGAAAUAACAAGUCAGUUCCAGGAAGUCAUCGUCCAACACGUCCCAAGAGAGAAGAACACACGUGCAGACCUCCUGUCCAAGCUAGCGAGCACAAAAUCAGGAUCGGGUAACCGGUCCCUCAUCCAAGGAUUGGUGAAGGAACCAACGGUCGCCCUCCAUUUGACGAAGUCAAGCCCCUCAUGGCUAGACCCCAUCACCAACUUCCUGAAACUCGGCAAGUUGCCUGAAGAUGAGAAAGCGGCCAAAGUGAUAACCCGUUUCGGUAUCCCGGAGGUCGUUAUCUCAGAUAAUGGGACCCAAUUCACAGACAAGAAGUUCAUGGAGUUCCUCUCAGGCCUAGGCAUAAAACAGAGGUUCUCCUCGGUAGAACAUCCCCAAACAAACAGGCAGGUAGAAGCUGCAAACAAAGUCAUCCUUCUUGGUCUAAAGAAGCGCCUAGACAAUAAGAAAGGAACAUGGGCUGACGAACUCGUCUCCGUCCUAUGGUCCUAUCGGACAACCGAGCAAAGCGCCACGGGGGAAACUCCUUUUUGCCUAACAUACGGGGUCGAUGCAGUGAUACCCGUCGAAAUCGGCGAACCAAACCCCCGACUACUACUCGCGGGCAUGAGCGAAGCGGUCGAAAAGGACCUGGUCGAGGAAACAAGGGAGAUGGCUCACUUAUCAGAAACGGCAUUGAAACAAAGAAUAGCCCUGCCUAACGAUUAA